GUUUAUAGCGGAAUACAAACUGAGCAUGGUGCAGCCUCAGGGUUUGUUUGUGGUCAGACGGUAACGAUAAAUACUGUAUGAAUACAAACGUCAGGACCGUCACUUUUUAAAUGCUUCUAUCGGUUGAUAGACAUUUUAUUUGAAGCAACAUUUCUCCAUGCAUGCGUGACAGAUGUCGCCUAUGAAUGACGUCAAGACGUAUCGCAUUAACGUGAUGACGCCGCUUAAUCAUUAAAAACUGCCAUUAAAAAAAGAACACAAAGUGUGAUAUAAUUUGAUGGACAAAUGGCAUGCUUGAAGUGACUAAUGUAGUAGCUUCCUGCCUUUUUUUGAAUACGUCUGUAAAGGGAUAUCAGUCGGGAAAAGAACUGUUGCAGCGAAAAUGUUCCAUGUUUUCAUCUGCAGACAGCGGUGAACUGGACUCGCCUGCCUCCGAGCAAAACUACUGCAGUCCGGCAGAGAGCUCGGGCUGAACUGUUCAUAGGUAGGCUAGCUAACAUUAGACGAGAACCUAAGACAAAUUGCCGGGGGCAGGAGAGCCUGCGCAGAAGCUACCUCUUGUCCUGUCCACAGAUGAAAAUAUUAGAGGUUUUAGAUUGUGAAUCAAACCAUCACUAGCGGAAGGUCAUCCAUUCCAGACACAUCUCUUUACACAAAGUUAUCUUGGAGGAUAGCCUACCUACACCAUGGCAAGCAGGAGGAAGUCAACAACACCUUGCAUGGUCCUGCCUUCUUCUAACGUGAUGGAGGAGCAGGAUGCAGACAUGCAGGUGGGGGAGGAUGGAGCUGAGAGCGCUGCAGAGGGACUUACAGACGCCGCUGUGGUCUCCACUGACCCAGAGACAGAGCACGACAUCAGUCAUUCCAGCGGAGAGGACGGUGUCACCUGCACAGGAGUGAAACGCAGCAACCAACCAACCCUGGAGCAGACGCUCAGUGACCUUCUCUCGGAUGGGGGUUACACACAGCAUGAGACGGAAGAGAGUGAUGACCCCGCCUCAGCUGGCAUCUCACUCAGCAAAACCCCCAUCAUGAAAAUGAGGGGUAAAUCGGAACCGAAGAGGAUCGCCGUGUCUCUGAAAGCAGCCGAGGAGAGUGACGGGAUGGGAGAGAGUGAAGGGGAGCAGGAGCCUAUCGAAGCACCUCUGGGGCUGGGUUCCCUCACUCCUGUAGAGAAGAUGAGCCCACAUUACACUGAGUCCAUGAAACACAGUGUUCUCCUGAACAUUCCCAAUAUGAUGUCAUCAGAGCAUAAGAAAUCUUCUGUCCUCAGCUCCAAUAUGUCUGGACUCCAGCUCCCUCCUGGUCUGGCCCAGGUCCUCUCAGCUCUGCAGGCCCAGCAGAGCGCCCAAGCCCAGCUCCUCAUCCCCGUCAGCAGCAUCCCCUCAUACAACCAAUCCAUGGAUACCAACACAGUCCUGGUCAACACCUACAAGAAGUUCCCGUACCCUUCAGUAUCAGAGAUCAUGGGUCUGUCGGCUCAGACCAAAUUCAGUGAGGAGCAGAUAAAGAUCUGGUUCUCUGCCCAGCGUCUGAAGCACGGGGUCAGCUGGACACCCGAGGAGGUGGAGGAGGCCAGGAGAAAGCAGUUCAACGGGACUGUGCACACGGUGCCUCAGACCAUCACUGUUAUCCCGGCCCACCAGCUCUCUGCUGCGGCCAACGGCCUGCAGUCUAUCCUCCAGACCUGUCAGAUAGUAGGGCAGCCAGGCCUGGUUUUCACACAGGUUGGCACACCUGUGACCACACCCAUCACCUUGACAGUAGCAGGGAUGCCAAGCCACAGCCAGGUCCCCAAGAUGUCCUCCCACCAGACCAGCCCAGCCGUCAGUGAGAUGAAGAGAGCCACCACUGUCCAGCCUCCCUCCCUGACCCCACAGGAGAACUCGGCCCUCAGCGCCGACCACUUUGGAAUGCGUCCCAAGAAGUCCAAGGAGCAGCUGGCGGAGCUGAAAGCCAGCUACCUGAAGAACCACUUUGCCAGCGACGCAGAGAUCGCCAGGCUCAUGACGCUGACCGGCCUCACCAAAGGGGAGAUCAAGAAGUGGUUCAGCGACACGCGCUACAACCAGCGCAACUCCAAGAACAGCAACGUCAUCGUGUUCCACGACAGCCAGAGUCCCAGGGGUCACAGCAGCGGCACCACCAUCGUCAUUGACUCCAGCGACGAGACCCCUCAUUCUCCACCGCCCACACCAUCCGUCAAAGAGAAAGAGCCACGCUCCAAGACCUGGAACUCCUUCCCAGACUUCACAUUGCAGAAGUUCAAGGAGAAGACAGCAGAGCAGCUGGUGGUUCUUGAGGAGAGUUACCAGAAGGGAAGUACUCCGUCUGACGACGAACUGACCCGGCUGAGGACGGAGACCAAGCUGACCAGGAGAGAGAUCGACGCCUGGUUCACAGAGAAGAGGAAGGUAGUGGAGGCAGAGUCACCUGAGCUGAAAGCAGAGCGGAUGGAGAGCGAGGCUACCUCGUCUAGAAAAGGAUCCCAGACCCCUCCGGGUAGCCGGCGGCCAAACAGGGGGGACAAGAACAUUGGAAAGAAAACCCCCGAGCAGCUCCACGUCCUGAAGAGUGCCUUUGUCCGUACCCAAUGGCCCUCCACAGAGGAAUAUGACAAGCUGGCAGAGGAGAGCGGGCUGCCCAGGGUCUACGUAGUUAACUGGUUCGGAGAUACCCGGUACUCCUUCAAGAACGGCAACGUCAAGUGGUUCUUCCACUACCAGAGCGGCAACGUAGAGGGACUGAACGGCAACAAAAACAGGAAGAGGAGGAUACGUAACCGAGGCUGGGGGAGGUCUCGGAGCAGGAAGGCCAAGAGGUCAACCAGCACGGAGAAGUCACCACCACUGCCCAUCAUCAAGUUGAAGUCUGGGAAAGACAUUCUGAAGGAGUAUUACCUGAAGCACAAGUUGUUGAAUGAGCAGGACCUGGAUGAGCUUGUGACCAAGUCUAGUAUGGGAUACGAGCAGGUGAGAGAGUGGUUCGCUGAGAUACACAAGAGGGAAGAUAUGGUUGCUGAUCCGUUUGGGGAUGCUGAGGUAAACGUGGAGCAGCAGGAAGAGGAAGCGUUGCUGGGUGAGAAUGAGAUGGUACCUGAAGAGCAGGAUGACACCGUGGUGGGCGAGGAAGAUGAUGAGGAGGAGGAGGAGGAGGAUGAUGACGACACUGAUGAAAGUGAUUCUUGGGAGCCCUCUCAGGGUGCCAGAAAAACACAGUCGGAGUAGUGAAGGACAGCUGGGCUGUGUUCGUUAGGCACCAAAUGGAAGGAAAAUGGACUGAAACAGGGAGGGACUACAUGAAAUUGUCCAAUUAGACAUGCCCAUUUUCACUUUCUGUUCCAAAACAUUUUGCUAUGGUGUGCCCAAAUGAACACAACGUUGGAUUUAGUCCAACAGCACAAACACAUUUCACUUUCUCUUACGUGUUUUAAAGGGUACUGUCUGAAUGCAAGACUGAACGAUAAUAUCCCACCAAUACAAACAAUAUGUGCACCUUUUUACAGUGCUAGUGUAGCGCCAUUAGUCAAUCUAGUCAAGAAUUACAACCAGUACUUUAAAUACCUAAUUUUAUAUGAAUUGGUCAGACAUUAAAAUGCUGAAAUUCAAUUGAUAUUACAAUAUUUGAUAUGAUGAUAAUUCAUGGAAAAUUGACAUUUGUUAAUCUACAGUAUUCGGCACAGUUAUUUAUGUGCAAUUAAGAGGUCCUUUUUUUAAUGGCUAAUGUCUCUCGUAUAUAUCCCUAUUAUUAUAGAGAUUACAAAGUACUGUAAGUACAUUCAUGGAAUGAAUGCAAUGAAUCAUGUGAAAUCAGAUUAUAUUAUGGAUUCCUAUUGAAAUUGGUUGGAGGAACUGCGGUGCCAAAGUUAGCUAUUGAAUGUGGACUCCUGUGCUAUGAAAGACUUAGAAACCAAGGGACUCGAGAGUAGGAGUGCUGAUCUAGGAUCAGUUUAGCCUUUUAGAUUCUAAUGAGUCCGUAGACCGACCCAUGAGCUCGUGUGAAUCCUUAAAGAGAUGGGUGGGGCUAAGGCUUAAGAGGGUGUGAACAAAUUCGAGCUCUCUGGUAAGUGUGAAAAAAAAACAACCUUAAGGCUUUUCCUCAACUGGUUAUACAAGAAUAGCAAUUUUUAAAGCUACAUAGCUUCCUCCAACUGUAGUGUAUAAUAUACCAUUACGAAGCUCUGAGUCUGUACUAUGUAAAAGAUUACAUACAUACUCUAAGACGCUUUAUGAAUACGGGCCUGGAGGCCCAGUAUGUACAGUACCAGUCAAAAGUUUGGACACACCUACUCAUUCCAGGGUUUUUCUUUAUUUUUACUAUUUUCUACAUUGUAGAAUAAUAGUGAAUACAUCAAAACUAUGAAAUAACACAUAUAGAAUCAUGUAGUAUCCAAAAAAGUGUUAUAUUUUUAUUUUAUUUUAGAUUCUUCAACGUAACCACCCAUUGCCUUGAUGACAGCUUUGCACACUCUUGGCAUUCUCUCAACCAGCUUCAUGAGGUUGUCACCUGGAAUGCAUUUCAAUUAACAGGUGUGCCUUGUUAAAGUAAUUUGUGGAAUUUCUUUCCUUGAUGCGUUUGAGCCAAUCAGUUGUGUUGUGACAAGGUAGGGGUGGUAUACAGAAGAAAAGACCAAGUCCAUAUUAUGUCAAGAACAGCUCAAAUAAGCAAACAGAAGUGACAGUCCAUUACUUUAAGACAUGAAGGUCAGUAAAUCCAGAAAAUGUAAAGAAGUUUUAACAUUUCUUCAAGUGCAGUCGCAAAAACCAUCAAGUGCUAUGAUGAAACUGGCUCUCAUGAGGAUUGCCACAGGAAAAGAAGACUCAGAGUUACCUCUGGUGC